GCAAAAGCUUCAUGUCGUAUCUAGCAUUACCUUUUUUAAUAUUUUGUUUCAUUUGGUUUAGCGUUUCGUUCAGUGACUCCUUGUCACCAACACCCCUCAAUGGCCAACACCUCCGCGUCAUCUGGCCUCGAUGGAAUGGCAACCCUAAAGGAUUGUCCGGGCCGCUCAAAGGAGGCGUAGUUCUAGAUUACCUGUCAGCCCGCUUCAACUUUACGUACGAGAUGGUCCGAGUGACGGAAAAUUGGUUGGAGCCAAGGGCAAAUGGUCGAGGACUUUUCAGCUACCUGUGGGAUCGACAAUGCGAUUUGUUGCUCCAAGAUGUUCUCCCGACAUUUCGGCGCCAUGAGAUUGUGGACAUGACAUUACCUUGGAAUUACGACUAUUUCGCUUUCCUCAUUCCCGCCCCAGAUGAAACAGCCAACAUCGACUCCAUCAUCAAACCUUUCCAAUGGCCGGUCUGGUUGGGAAUAAUCAUUUCGAUGGUUUGCGUCAUCGCCGUUAUGAGUCUAACGCAGCGCUACUUGGAAUUUCGAUCCCAAAAUAAGAGGGGAUCACAAGAAAUUCCAAAGCAGUGGCUAGGCAGUCAAUACCUCUAUGUGUUUGGCAACUUGAUGUCGCAGGGGGGCCCUUGCACAUCGAAACGGUUACCAUAUCUUCUAAUCGCCACUUCGUGGACUCUAGCGGCUUUCAUCUUUGUCCAGGCGUACAAUUCGCUUCUCUUCUCCUACGUUAUCGCGCCAGUCCAUCAGCCAUUAAUCAAUUCCGUCUACGACAUAGCGGAAAGUAGCGACAUCAAUCUACUCGCCAAGAAAUCGGGGACCAUAGACACUUUGUUAUCGAAUGUGAAUAAUACAGGCCUGUACAAGAAGCUAGGCAAACGACUCGAUGCUCUUCCUAACUCCCGAUGUCCUCUUGUGUCAGAGUGCAUUCAGCUGAUUACACCGGGAUCGAGGAACGUUUUCAUUGAUGCCGCUAUUUAUCAUUUAGACUCGAUAAAAGCAGAUUUUGAAAAGACUGGCAAGUGCAAUCUGCAGCUGGCAAAAAAUUAUUUCUAUAAUGUUAUUCCAACAUUUGCCCUACGGAAAAAUAGUCCCUACACUCAAAGCAUUAGUCAAGGGCUAUUGGAGCUCCAGGAAAUGGGUCUGAUCAAAUACUGGGACCUGUGGUUCCGACCCAUGCCUCGACAAUGUAUGGAAACUAUUAAAAGCGGCUACACAACCCCGACAAACAAACAUACCCAUCUUUCCCUCAAGAACUUGACUGGCGCAUUUAUCGUUCUACUAGUCGGGUUUUUUCUUUCCCUUUUGGCUUUCCUUUGCGAACAAAUCGUUUCAAUCCCUGAACGUCACCGCCGGCGACGUAGUAAGUUACAACAAAUGCCACAACAAGUCACUAAAGGAUCACCUAAUACUGCUGAUGAAGAAGAAAACGAGGCAACGAGCCUAUAA